GGGGCUACCGGCUGCGGGGAUUUCCUGAGCCACCAUGUCCGCCAGGAACAACAACAAGCUGCCCAGCAACCUCCCGCAGUUGCAGAACCUGAUCAAGCGGGACCCGCCGGCCUACAUCGAAGAGUUUCUACAGCAGUAUAAUCACUACAAAUCCAAUGUGGAGAUUUUCAAAUUACAACCAAAUAAACCCAGCAAAGAACUGGCUGAGCUGGUGAUGUUUAUGGCACAGAUUGGACACUGCUACCCAGAACAGCUCAGUAGCUUUCCUCAGGAACUGAAAGAUCUGCUCUCCUACAAUCACACUGUCUUGGAUUCUGAUCUUCGAAUGACAUUUUGCAAAGCUUUGAUCUUACUGAGAAACAAGAAUCUCAUCAACCCAUCGAGUUUGCUCGAGCUCUUCUUUGAACUUCUGCGCUGCCAUGAUAAGCUUCUGCGAAAGACUUUGUACACUCACAUUGUGACUGAUAUCAAGAACAUCAAUGCAAAACACAAGAACAAUAAAGUGAAUGUAGUGCUGCAAAACUUCAUGUACACCAUGCUAAGGGACAGCAGUGCAACGGCAGCUAAGAUCUCCUUGGAUGUGAUGAUUGAGCUCUACAGGAGAAACAUCUGGAAUGAUGCCAAAACUGUCAACGUUAUCACAACUGCAUGCUUCUCUCCGGUCACCAAGAUCCUGGUGGCUGCUCUGACAUUCUUCCUCGGGAAAGAUGAGCAGGAGAAGCAGGACAGCGACUCGGACUCGGAGGAUGAAGGGCCAACCGCGAGAGACCUCCUCGUGCAGUACGCCACGGGGAAGAAAAGCUCCAAGCACAAGAAGAAACUGGAGAAGGCCAUGAAGGUGCUCAAGAAACAAAAGAAGAAGAAGAAACCGGAGGUGUUUAACUUCUCAGCCAUUCACUUGAUUCAUGAUCCCCAAGAUUUUGCUGAAAAACUACUGAAACAACUCGAGAGCUCCAAGGAGAGAUUUGAAGUGAAGAUGAUGCUCAUGAACCUUAUCUCCAGAUUGGUGGGAAUUCAUGAGCUCUUCCUCUUUAACUUCUAUCCCUUCGUUCAAAGGUUUCUGCAGCCCCACCAGAGAGAAGUCACAAAGAUCCUUCUGUUUGCUGCACAAGCCUCUCAUCACCUGGUUCCCCCGGAGAUCAUUCAGUCAUUGCUCAUGACGGUGGCCAACAAUUUUGUCACUGACAAGAACUCUGGAGAAGUUAUGACCGUAGGAAUCAAUGCCAUCAAAGAGAUAACAGCUCGAUGUCCCCUAGCCAUGACUGAAGAACUUCUCCAAGACCUGGCUCAGUAUAAAACACACAAAGAU